GUUUCUGUCCAAAAUUUUCCCAGAAUCCUCCAUCUUCUUUCUCUCCUGUCUGCUUCAUCUCAUCCGGCCCUUGUGGAGAAUUACUCAUACCCAGUUUCCUUCUUCUAUAUUCUUGUUGGAUCUUGGCGAAAUCAGCGAUAUUGCUGAUCGCUGAUUUCGCCUCCGAUUUUUGGCCGGUGAUCGACUGUAUCUAUCGGCGGUUGUGCGGAUUCGUUUCCCCUUCUUCGAGGUUUCUCGUCGGGUUAUUAUUUACUUUUGGUUUUUUUUGCUGUUAAUGGUUGCAGAAGGGUGCUGAUAUUUUGGGGGAAGUGGUUCGGGAGAGCAGUUAAGGGCUUUUUAUCUGUUCAGAUAUUGAAGGUUUCUCUGUUUUGUGGCUGAUUUGUUGUGACCAUAGGUUACCAGCUUUUUGAGUUCAAAAUAAUUGCACAAGCUAGUUGAUCAGCAUGGGGCAGAGAAGCACGCUAUGCACGCAGCAGAUGUUUGAUUUGGACUCAGAACCAAGGGAUAGUUGUCUUCAUCGCGACCAUGGCUUUACUGGAAAUUCUUCUGAUUAUACAAGUAGAAAUUGUCAUCCGUCUCUUUCAGGUCCAGGGAAUAGUGUGGAUUUUUUUCAUCAAUUUAGGGAUUAUCAUGAAACGUUCAUGCUACAUCAGAAUCAGUAUAACAUUCAGAACUGUCAUGCUUUCCAAAAUCUUGGUUUAGGUGUUGUUGGUCCAUCAAACAUUUAUAACUCUAAUAUGUUGCUUGCACCCGCUGGCAGAAAUUUCCCUGUUCAUCAGAGCAAUUUGAUGGCUGAACAAUUGCCUUCCAACAUCAACCCAACGGACAAUGGAAUUAACGUGGAUGAAUUUGGUAGCCAUAAUCAUCUUGUUGAUAGCGAUAGGAGGCCUUGCAAAAGAAAGGAUACAGAAAUGAUUUCAGGAAUCUAUAACAAUCUUAAUGGCUCAGCAAGCUCAAGUUCAACUAUUACGUAUCACUCCAACUGUGGAGUACCACUGUGGGGACAAUCAUAUGAAUCUGUGCCUGGUAUUAUGGAUCCAACUAGUCUUACUCCCUCGGAAUAUGGAAUGAGAGCUUCUCUGCCAGGAGCCGAAGGAUCUUACAGAAGUGUAAGGAGCAGAUCAGUUACCGGUAGUCUUCAGCCAGAGUCUGCUGUCCUACCUCAUCAAAAUUGCUUACUUCCAGGGUCAUAUAUGAUGCUCCCCUUCCAGCCUACCAAUAAUGCUUGGGUUUCACAGUAUGGGAAUGGGAAUAACAUUGUUAAUGGAGGCGUCAAUUGGAAUUACAACAAUACUCUUAGAUUCUUGCAAGGGAGAAACCUAAAUCCAGGGCGUUUGCACCAGGCAAGCACAAAUAUGCAGGCAUAUUCUAAUUCAUCUGCCACAAAUUCAGCGAUGUUCCUACAUCCAUCUUCAAUACCUAAUUUUCAUCCAGCUACCCAUAAUGUGCAAGUUCAUGGUUACAGCCAUCAUGCACACAUACCGGCUCCCUACCAGCACCCUGUCAACAACUUGAGCUCCAACUCAAAUCUUUCAGCUGAUGGUAUGGAUGUGGGAUCCACAUUCCCACACUUUUCUGCUAGUGUUGAUCAAACUUAUAGGCCUCGGCAACUACCACAACCAGCUCAACAAUUUUUUGGUGGGAGUUUAAGGCUCCUUUCAGCUGAGGAUGCUGCUCUGAUGGAUCUUUCAGGAUUUUAUGGCGUCGUGAAUGCUAUCGACCAUCACGAAGAUAUGAGACUAGAUAUAGAUGACAUGUCAUAUGAGGAGCUUCUAGCUUUGGAGGAACAGAUUGGAGUUGUUAAAACUGGGUUGUCAGAAGAGUUCAUCAUCAAACACCUAAAGAUGAAGACUUAUGUUCCUCAAGAAACAGCCUUGUCAUUAGAACCCCUGACCCAAUUAUUAAAGGAGAAUGAAACGUGCAGUAUAUGCCAGGUAGAAUAUGAGGAGGAUGAGAUCAUAGGAAGUAUUGACUGCGGUCAUGCCUAUCACGCUGACUGCAUAAAGCAAUGGUUAUUGAUAAAGAAUUUGUGCCCAAUCUGCAAAACUUCAGCUUUAGAUAGCAAGAAGGAUAGGAGAGAGCGCUGAAAUGAGGCUGCUUAGACUGUUUGUCUGUUUGUUUAAUAUACUCAAUUAAAUUUAAUAUUGUAUAUAGAGAUGAUACGCUUAAACUAUACAUUUCACAUACAUUCAUUAAUGCCUGUUAAAUAUCUCAAAAACUUCUUUUUGUACAUAUAAACAAAACCAUUCAUUAUCUCUCUGAGUUUUUUUAA